CGUCGCGUCAGUCGUGUACGGUGGACGCGCGCGUUUGCCGGCGGUGGUGUGGAGACCGUGUGGACCCGUUCCCUCCAUAAAGGCGGCGUGCGUGUGUGCCUGUGUGCCUGUACGCGGUGUGUGUGCCAUAGUCCUACUACGGCGGCGGCUUUGGUUUUUGCGUGCAGUGUGUGUUAUCGCGUGCCCGUCGUCGUCGUCGUUACCGCCGUCGUCAGUUGACGCGUCCGUUACUGCCGCGCCAGAUGGAUCCGUUCCGGACGACGUGCCACCGCGAAAGACAACAAAAAAAAUAAUAAUAAAAAUAUAUACAUAUAAUAUUAUAAAACAUAUUAAUUAAUUAAUUAAUUAAUCGUCACAAUUAUUCCCGUCAUAUAUACAUAUGUAUGUAACACACGUCGUAUGACCAACGCAAUACAACGCAGAGACGCAUUCGGUUGUCGUUAAAAUUUAAUAAAUUUAUCGUUUGGCGGUUAUCUCACAGGAUAAACCGCUUUAAACCAGUGCAGGGCUGCGAGUCCAUCGCCAUGUUGCGCUCCGAAGCAUGUAUGUCAUCUUCCCGGCGGACGAAGUCUUACAGCUGUCAUUCGGUCGACCCGCAACACGACAGCGUCAACAGCAGCGGUCCGGUCAACGUUGCUACUGCAGCCAAAACCGUACUGUCCGAAUUGUGGACGGUGGUGACGGACUCCUAAACGACAAACCAGCUAACCCCAUGGCCUCAGCGAUGGGCGACGACUUGUCGCUCAGGGACCUCACGCAUCCGGCACUGAACGACUGUUUGAAGACGCACAACGCUGCCACGUUCAAGCUUGUCAAAACAGUGUCCGACUUUUCGCAAGAACUGUCCCAGAUGUACGAGCAACACGCGGCCGAGCUGCAGCUAUUGGUCACGAACUUUCGCAAGAAAAACAUGGAUCUCAAGAAAGACAGACCUCCGUUUCCGAGCCAGUUGUUUUACACGUGGGAGACGUUCCUGCAAGAAGUGGAAACGGAUUCGAAAUCGAUCAGUGACGUGGCCAACGUGCUCAGCCGACAGGUUUCCAGACCGCUUUUGGAUAGAUCUUUUCACCGAAAGGUUCAAUCGCGCAAAGUGUUCAGCCAGAGAGAUUCGCUGGAGACAAUCUUACAGAAAGCCGAAGACAAACUAGCAAAGUGCAGGGACGACUACAAACGGGCGUUUUUAGCCCAGCUGUCUUCUCCCAACAGUUCAGCAUCUUUAUCUUCGUACCUUGACUCUCACAACGCCUACGUGACACAGCUGCACGCCACCAACGGUAUGGUCGACCAAUACAACCAGUACGUGUUACCGCAACUCCUACAAGAACUAGAAGACGUAUAUUCGGAUCUGUGCCUGUCCUUGUCGGACUCUGUACUCCAAGGAUCCGACAUUAUAAGCAACAAGUCAAACGACCAGUCGAAAAGGUACAACGCUUUGGGGUCGCAAUGCCGACAGCUACAGCCCGAAGCAGACAUGGUGGCAUUCGCCAGGUCUAUGAAUCCUUUGCCGACCACACCCCAUCCGUCGCAAAGGACUCGCAGCUAUUGUCCACCCCAGGCACCGGCCGACACCGAGGGCAUGAUUAUAGACCCGGUAGUGACGGCAACGAUCACGCAGUUGGCUCUGAAAAACGAACUGGUCGUCGACAGACUGGCCAAUUUGGACGUCAGAGCUGGAUACGACACCAUAAGAGCCGAGCUGAUGGAUCUCGAGUCGCAGAUGAAACAAAUACAAGAUUCGGUUGAAACUCUCAAACGUCUACAGCAAAGGAGCCUAGAGCAAUCCAUGUUCAGCAAAGCCAACGAGAUUCAAGAGGACAUAAGUAUCAAGAAAUUCGAAUUCAGGACAGCGCAAAUGCACUUGGCAGCCAUCAAGUCCCAGAAAGACUUGUUCGCGUCCAAGUUAGAGGCGUCCGAGUCGAACGCUCGGGACCGGAAACUGUCGUCUUCGUCCAGCGGAAGUAUGAAGUCCAAGUGGUUGAAGGCCAUCAAGAGCCUUAAGACAACCAGCGGACCGCCCAACAACAACCCGACGCAAAAAGAUGAAAAGAAACAUCAAAUGUACCAUGCGGUAUCGACCAUAAUCGCAAUGAGGAAAACGGGCCGCGAUGGAAACCCACAGUUCUCGGCUAACACCGAGACGGCUCAUCAGUUCCAAGAGUACACUUACAAGAAAAUUACACCGUGCGAUUUUUGCUCUCAAGUACUAAGAGGGCACACCAGACAAGGUCUCAAAUGUCGGGUGUGCAAGAUGAACGUGCACUUGGACUGUCAGGAAAAAGUCACCACCCGUUGUCAGGUCAAGUCGCGGUUGUUGCGCCGGCAAAAGUCCACGUCGGAAAUCGAAACCAAAAUGGCCGCCAUGAACGUGUCAUCUUCGGCUUCGGCAGCAACAAUGGACGACGAAGUAAUAUCCGGUGCGGACGGCGGUGGUGGUGGUGUUGCCGGCGGCGGCGGUGGUCAGCAGCCUCAGACCGAACAGGUGGACCAGGUGUACCAGGUGUUGAAGCAGGCCGGCGAAAUCCGGACAUCGCCGAGGGCCAGCGGCGGCGGCGGCGGCCGGCAGCAACCCAUUGUCGGGCCGCCGGCCGAACCCAGAUCCCAACACCACCAACAGCACGCGCCCAACAGUUUAGGUAGACCGAGCAUCGCGGCCACGUUGAACGUCACGUCACCGCCAAUCGCGUCCAGCUCAGGCCAGACCACCGGCUAUUCUUCUCCCGGACAGGACAAGUAUUUCUGGACUCGAUCAGUCCCUACCGCUCCGCACAGUCCGCGGCGGCCGAAACUCAACUCGCGCAUGAAGAGCUUCUCCCUGGACUCGUCGGACACGGCAGAGCAAGCGCAACGGCGACGUAUGGGCGGCCAACAGAUGGAAUGCCAUUCCAACCCGUCGUCCUCGUCCAGAUUGCAAUCGCCGUCCAGUCCGGUCCAUAACCGGCGUUUGCUGACCACCAGGAACAUAAGGAUGAGCUCUGUCGAAUUGCCCGACGACAACGACAAGUCAUUGUCGUCGGCCAGCACUUCUCCUUGCCCGUCGCCGGUGAGAUAUCCACAAAAACCACACAGGCUGUUACCGAACAAUUUAUACGUGGUGCUGUACAACUUCAAAGCUCGCCGAGAAGACGAACUCGACUUGAAAGCUGGGUACAAAGUGACCGUUAUAGACACUUCGGACCCGGCCUGGUGGAAAGGCAAGUGUUUCGGCCGCGUCGGUUAUUUCCCAUACAACUACGUGACCAAAGUACAACCCGGCGAGAGACCUUUGCAGGUCACGCAUAAUUUACAAGUGUCCGACGGCGACAAUGGACUAACAUUAUUAAGGGAUCAGAUCGUGAUCCAAAUUGGCGAAGAACUAGACGGUAUGGUGGUGAUCAGAAAUGCGGAGAACAAACAGGGCAUAUGCCCCGUCAAGUUCCUGCAAGAGGUGUGACAAUCGGGUGAGCGAUACAUGACGCAUCGCUUCUCUAUGUCUCGACGACCUUUCUUAAGCCCUUCUUUGCCUUCGGACUAUGAGAUGAGAUACGAUGACGACCGGCCUUGCAACCGUCGGCAGUCCAACUCGCAGACACGACCGCUGUUGGUGAUCGGUCAACGUUGAUAUUAUAAUAAUAAUUAUUAUAAUAUUAAUACAAUCCGCGACGCCGAAUUAUAAAAAAAAUAAUACUACAUUAAACAUCAUCAGCUUCUCGCACGCUCACCACCUUCGACUCUGUGAUCCCCUCCCCCCCCCACCACCUCCCCUCCCUUCAUAUGUAAGUCUCCUAAGACGUGACCAUAUUGUUACCACCGUUAACCGCUCUUACUUGACCCGUCCCUAAGAAGAAAAAAAUGCUGUCUAUUGACUUGUAUUGAUAAAUAUUGGAUAUUUUACUUUUGCGCUCUAAGCUAUUAGGUCUAGGUCGAGACAACUCAGCACUGACGUCUGACAUAACACCGUGUAAGAUUGUGUACUUAAGUGCUGAGCUCAUGUUUAACCCCGUCGGAUCGAUACUAGAAUAUAUUAUUGCCGUACCCAAUACCCAUAUACUAUGAUAUACAUUGCAAUACCCGUAAUAAUAUACUGUUAAAUAAUCGCUCUUUGAUGUUUUUUUUUAUUUAUAUACUCAAACGGUUUCGUAUAAUACAUAUAAAUAAAUAAACGCAUUAACAGUGCCUACGACCAAUUUCUUCUCGCGCUUAAAUUAAUUGUUAUAAUGUUUCAACCAACAAAACGUGUACUAUUCGUUAGCACUAAUAUUUUAUAUGAUCUCUUUAAAAAAAUCUAAUACUUAACGCGUGUAAAAAAUAUUAUUUAUUACCUUACACGAUUAUAAUUAAUUAUUAUUGUUUAUAUUUGUUUUAUAAAUAUUUUACGGUUUUUUUUUAUUGUUAGUCGAAGGCGCACUCGUGUACCUAUACAUAAAUGCAAAAUCGUUGAACAUAAUCAUUUUAUAAGGAUUUAGAUAAUUAUAACGGUUUAUUACACGUUAACGAUAAAUAUAUAUAUUAUACAUCCGUUGUAAAAUUUAGAUUUUUAGCCACUAAAUAAAAAACGACCCGUUAGUAUAUAUAUAUAUAUAUAUUAUAAAAUGAAAUAUAUAUAUAGUAAUGCUGUGUUGUUAUGAAAUAUACAGAGUUAUAUAUUAUAUAUAUUAUAUUAUUGUAAAUCAUAUUGAUGUUAUUCCGUUGUUGGGGAAAAUAUAUUUAUAAAAAAAAAAAAAUAAUAAUAUAACAUCUCUUACUCGUUCGCCGAUUCGACGGGCACGUGAACAGUUUGAGAAACGAAUAUAUUAUUAUUAUAAUAACAAUAUUGUAUUAUAUAAAAACGGGGGGAAAAUAUAUAUAUAUAUAAAAAUAGGGCAUCUUUUGACCCGACCAAAAAAAAAAAAAUAAA